AAGCAUUAAGGCCCAGAGCACACCUCUUCUUCAGAGGCAUGAUUUUUAAAGGCUGAUCUUUAAAAAGCGGGCACGUCCUAAAGACAGGGACUGGCAAAUAUACAUCUAGGAGAGAUCAGGGGUGAAUAGGAAGAGCUUCUGGAAAAGCGUCUGAUCAAGGUAGCGAUCAGCAUUUCCAGUUCAGAUUUUGGGUAACUUUAACCCUGCAAGCGCUGCAUCACCAUUCCUCUCAAGAGCACAUGUGAGCCAUCUGGCCCCAGUGAUGAAGUGCAACUCCUCACGGGGAGCUCUGCCUGCAGGACACUGACCCAUGAUCUGGAAGAAGUUGGCAGGUAACCAGCGAAUAAUCAGACCACAUAAAGUGCACUUGUGAGCAGAGGAGGAAAGGAACGUGGGAAUGACUGAGUAAAGCGUGCACUUAACGGAACUGGAGUGGCAUCGAACUCGCACUUGAAGCAGGAAGGACAUUGCACAUUUCGAGGACAGAAGGAUAUGCUCCUGAGUCCGAGCCCCCACUGCGCUUUGCUGUUGGCACUCUGUGCCCUGCUGGUGUCUGGCUGCGGAGCAGAGCAGGGGACUGCUGCAAGGAGGGAGACCGCCACCCUGGCCAGUCUGAACACCCCGGAGGUAGUCACAAACGAGGCUGCCUUUGCUGACCCUUUCAAAACCUGGAAGCUUUUCCUAGAGAAUUCCAACCGUGGAGUCAACGAGAAGAAAAGAAGUAAAGUCAAGGGGCAGAGGCAACAGCAUGGACUUCCAGGUCCACCUGGACCUCCUGGACCACCAGGGCCACCUGGUCUGCCUGGCAUUAAAGUUACUCCAGAGGAGCUAUUGGAGGAGUUUCGUUUGCUGCUCAAAGAGGCUUCUGGUCAACAGAGAAAGCUGGACCUGAAUGUGAUGUGUCCACUCUGUGAGGGACAAGGAGAUGAGUACUCCAUGAGUCUGGCAAUGUCGCCUCGCCGUAUUGAGACCGCCUUCCACUGCCUUUUGCGGCAGAGCACCACUGUGCGAAGACGCAGCCUUCAGGAGCUCCAGGACUUCACUCUGCAACCAGUUGGAGAUGGACUUUUCCAGAGGGGUCGGGGGCUGAAUACCAGCAGCGGGCGUUACACUGCACCAGUCUCUGGCUUCUACCAGCUGACCACCAGCCUACUUAUCGAAAGCAGUGAAUCACAGAAGAGGCAACAGUCCAGGCCACAGGAUUGCAUCCGUGUGGCAGUUUGCAUUGAGUCCCUCUGCCAGCGCAACAUGUCUCUAGAGACAGUAACAGCUGCGGGUCCGCCCGGUAGCAUCUUCACAGUCCUGGCAACUGGAAUGCUUUUCUUACAGGCUGGCCAAUACGUCUCUGUUUUUGUGGACAACGGCACAGGCUCAGCGAUCCGCAUUCAGGAAGGAUCCCACUUCUCUGGGAUUCUGUUAGGUGUGUGAUACGUCACUGCCGUCCUGCCAUCUAGCAGAGAUCCUAAUUCGCAACGAAGUGACAGGCCAAAAGUGUCAGAAGUGCUACAGGUCUUCUGCUUGGUACCCAAGGAUUACUGGAGGUCAUGAAGACCCCUGAUGGAAGUGGAAAGGCUGACCUGCCAGAAUUUUUCUCACACCAGCCACUGCACUUAAUGCUUGUUUAUUAUGGGGGAUUGGGGCAUAGAUGGCUUGUGAAAAAGCCUACAUAUCAUAAAUUAUCCAGCUAUCACUUUUUUUUUUAUUAACUAUUUAUUAUUUUCAGUCCAAAUAAACUUUUGUGGAUUU